AUGAACUACGAACAGAGAUUAAUCGCCGCCGCUAAAUACGUCUUCGACGGAGACUCACGCGCCGCCGUGGAUGCUGAAGUCAAUUGCUCCGAUAUCGGUGUGACGGCCUCGCUUAAGCCUCAUCAAGUGGAAGGACUGUCGUGGCUUAUACGCCGGUACUUAAUCGGUGCCAACGUUAUUCUCGGAGAUGAGAUGGGGCUAGGAAAGACAUUGCAAGCAAUCUCCUUCUUGAGUUAUCUAAAGCUUUGUCGAGGCAUACACGGGCCCUUCUUGAUACUCUGUCCUCUCAGUGUAACCGAUGGAUGGGUAUCCGAGGUCGCUAAAUUCGCCCCAAAGUUAAAGGUUGUCCGAUACGUUGGAGACAAACAAUGUAGACGAGCAUUGAGAUGGGAAAUGUAUGAACAUGUUAAACAGCAACCAUCAUCCAAUGUCCAGGCCUUACCUUUCGAUGUGAUCCUUACAACAUAUGAUAUAGCAUUAAUUGAUCAAGACUUUCUUUCCCAGAUUCCAUGGCAUUAUGCUGUUAUUGACGAGGCGCAAAGACUUAAAAACCCUUCCAGUGUUUUGUAUAAUGUUCUUAGAGAACACUAUAUCAUGCCCAGAUGUCUACUCAUGACCGGAACCCCUAUUCAGAAUAGCCUUACUGAACUUUGGGCACUCAUGCGAUUCUGUAUGGCUUCAAUUUUUGGGACAUUGGAGCAGUUCUCUUUUACAUUUAAGGAAGCUAGAGGUGCAUCAAUAGUAAAGGAGAAGUCCAAAAGCUUAAAAUAUGUUUUGGGGGCCUUUAUGCUUCGAAGAACAAAAUCCAGGCUUAUUGAGGCUGGAACCCUAUCUUUGCCUCCUCUUACUGAAAUCACUUUGAUGGCUCCCUUAGUGACCUUGCAGAAGAAGGUGUAUAUGUCAAUACUUAGAAAGGAGCUUCCUAAACUACUAGCAUUGUCUUCUGGGAGUUGUAAUCAGCAAUCCUUGCAGAACAUGGUAAUACAGUUGCGUAAAGCAUGUAGUCAUCCUUACCUCUUUGCUGGUAUAGAGCCUGAACCUUACGAAGAGGGCGAACACUUGGUUCAGGCUAGUGGCAAACUUAUGGUCUUGGACCAGUUACUUCAGAAGCUACGGAAUUCCGGACAUCGUGUUCUUCUGUUUGCACAGAUGACACAUACACUUGACGUAUUGCAGGACUAUAUGGAGUUGAGGAAAUAUCCUUAUGAGCGUCUUGACGGAUCUAUUAGGGCUGAAGAGCGCUUUGCUGCAAUAAGGAGUUUUAGUCGACAUCCGGUCCUGGGAAAUUCCAAUUCUGAAGCUGAUCCUGACGCUGCAUUUGUUUUUAUGAUCUCCACCAGAGCAGGAGGUGUUGGCUUGAAUCUUGUAGCUGCUGACACGGUUAUAUUUUAUGAGCAGGAUUGGAAUCCCCAGGUGGAUAAGCAGGCUCUACAGAGGGCACAUAGAAUUGGUCAAAUGAAUCAUGUGAUGUCUAUAAAUUUAGUUACUGAGCGUACUGUGGAGGAGGUUAUUAUGCAUAGAGCAGAAAGAAAGCUGCAACUAAGCCAUGAUGUUAUAGGUGAUGACGCCAUAGACAAGGAAGGCAAAGAUAUGGUAGGAGUUGCAGCUGGUGAUCUUCGAUCUGUUGUCCUAGGUUUACGCAUGUUUGAUCCCACUACUGAGAGCAAUGAGAGUUUGGGUCAACUAGACAUGUCAAAACUCAAUGCUAUGGUUGACAAGGUAAUAGCAUUUCGGCAUGGAGAACCAUCAGAAGCAGGGGAUCCAAGGGUUGAGACUAGUUUGAAGGAUGUACUGGGUGGAAAGACAUCUGUGGAAUUUGACCCCAUUCUCGAUGAAGCUUCAUAUCUAUCUUGGGUGGAAAAGCUUAAAGAAACAUCAGAGACAUGUGAUGUUUCUGCUUUGGAGGAGACAAAUAAGAGAUCAAAACUCGAGGAGAAGCAUCUUAGAGCCGAGUCUGCCAGGAAGAAAGCCAAGGAGAAGAAACAAGCAAAAUGGGAAGCUCAGGGAUAUGAGUCACUGUCAGUCAAGAAUGUUGUACCCCCUGCUGAUGACAAUAUGCUGUCAGAUUCUGGUUCAGUGAAUUUUGUUUAUGGAGAUUGCACGCAUCCCUCCAAAAUUUGUCCAUCAGAACCUUCUGUCAUAUUCAGCUGUGUGGACGAUUCCGGAAACUGGGGUCACGGUGGUAUGUUUGAUGCCCUGGCUAAACUUUCAUCUCAAAUUCCAAGUGCUUAUGAGCGAGCUUCUGAAUUUAGGGAUCUUCAUCUUGGUGAUCUCCAUCUUAUAGAUAUUACCGGUGAGCAUGAAGAGAAUCAAACUGCUAAUGCUCGUCAGUUGGUAGCUUUAGCUGUGGUGCAAACAUAUAAUUCCAGGCGUAAAGUGCUUCGUAGUAGUAUCUCUAUUCCUGAACUGGAACAGUGUUUGUCAAAAGCUUCAUUUUCAGCGGCUCAAAAUUCAGCUUCUAUCCACAUGCCACGAAUUGGUUAUCAGGAUGGGUCAGACCGGUCAGAAUGGUACUCAGUUGAACGUAUUCUUCGAAAAUACGCUGCUUUAUAUGGCAUAAAGAUAUUUGUGUAUUAUUUCCGACGUUCCUCUUGAGAGUAAAGCCUGAUGUAUAUGUUUGGAUUUUGAAGGUAGUGAGCUGAUAUCUACACAACUUGAUUAGGCAUUCUGACACAUAGGAUUUUAAUUAAUAACUUAUUAACUUCGUUUGUGUUCAUAUUUUAGCUGUGUUGUAACAUAGAAUGUAUUAUGAGGGGUACCCACAUGGAAUUAAUUGUAUGGGAUAAAGUUAUGGUUUUCUUUUCUUUCCUUGUGGUCACCAAUCGCAAAAAGAACUAGAUGGAACACACGACCUAUCAAUUUAUGGGUAGCCGGUGACGUAAAAAUUAUGGGACACUGGACACAGUGCAAAUCUGAAAAUGCCCUAAAAGGGUGCUUUGCACUGUGAUUACGACAGUGCAAAUUAUGUGACAUUUUUGCCU